AUGCUCCAAGACUUCCUCCUGUCUGACAUAUCCCUGCAGGACGAAAGUAGCACCUCGGACUUGUCUGAACUCUCACUUAUCAGAAGAUCCGGCAAGUGGAUUCUGUUCAUCAAUAACCCUCAGGGUGCCGACAGCGUGAGGAGUACAAGUGCCUAUCCACCUAUCGAGGUUAACCUGGAGCAAGCCCUCCUCCCCGCCAACUCCUCUAGCACUUGGAGGUCGGAGCAAAUCGUCGGUUUUGUUCAAGGUGUGGAACUGCUAGACCGUGGUCGGGUGAGCCUCGAGGCUUUGAAGAUUCGCUCUUUCGAGGAACAUCUACAGUGGUGUGUCGCAGUUAAAGGUAAUGUCGAACAUCUUGUAUCCUAUGCUGACUCCAUGAAAGCCGGUCUAGAGUCUCCACACUCGUAA